GGAGUUCCGCGAAGGUAUCAGCCAACUUCAUUCAGUUGGUGGCACUCUCUUGUUGUAAUGUAAAUUUCGCGGAGCUAAAAGCUUUUGCCUUACGAUGCGCGGUCGGAUUUAUUUUCGCAUGCCGAAGCUUUCGCUUUCGUGACCACGACACCUAGAGCACAACCGACCGCCGGCACACGGAAACCGUUCGUUGGCUGCUGAUGCUAGCUAGCUCCAUUGUUGUUAGCAUAUUAGCUGCCAUUGAAACCGCCCGCAAACAGUCAAACAUGACUUCAGCUUCCACAAAAGUUGGAGAAAUCUUCUCAGCAGCCGGCGCUGCUUUCAGUCGACUGGGAGAACUCACCAUGCAGCUUCACCCUAUGGCCGAGGCCAACCCCACUAGCGCACACACUAAGAGUCCGGUCAAGCGCAAGCAUGAAGACAAUGCUCGAUGCAGCUCCUCCGAAGGUAUCCCGCCCAAGACCACCACCACCACCAAAAAAUCUGCUGUGACAUCGCCCGGAACCGGCGGCACCGCCGCUGCUGCCCAGCCCGGCAUGCAAGUCAACCACCCCACCACCAAGAAGCGGAAGGCCUCGGAUGUUACCCUGAGCGCCCUCAACGACUCGGAUGUCAACAGCGACCUGGUGGACAUUGAGGGACUGGGACAAGCGUCCCCAUCCAAAAAGCUCAAUUUUGAUCAAGAUACGUUGAACCUGGACUCAAACCUCAUCAUGAACUCCAAUGACCUUCCUCUGCUGUCACGCUGAAGUCAUCACAGAAAGUGUGGCGCCAUCUGACACACGCAUUGUAUCAUAUUACACACGCCAGAUUGCGUUGAAACUUCCACAGUGUUUUGGGAAUAAAAGAUCAAACUAUUCUUACGGCUGGAACAACA